UGGGACUUCUCUCCCCAGAAUAAUGCCGACGAUGGACGACAUCCUAGAACACAUAGGGGAAUUCAACUUUUUCCAGAAACAGACAUUUCUCUUCCUCGCUCUGCUCUCUGCCGCCUUCACCCCCAUCUACGUGGGCAUCGUCUUCCUGGCCUUCACCCCGGACCACCGCUGCCGGAGCCCCGGGGUGCCCGAGCUGAGCCGUCGAUGCGGCUGGAGCCUGGCCGAGGAGCUCAACUACACGGUGCCGGGCCCCGGGCCCGAGGGCCAGGCCUUCCCCCGCCAGUGCCGCCGCUAUGAGGUGGACUGGAACCAGAGUGCCCUCGGCUGCGUGGACCCGCUGGCCGGCCUGGCCGCCAACAGCAGCCUCCUGCCUCUGGGCCCCUGUCGGCACGGCUGGGUGUACGACACGCCCGGCUCCUCCAUCGUGACCGAGUUUAACCUAGUGUGUACCAACUCCUGGAUGCUGGACCUGUUUCAGUCGGCUGUGAAUGUAGGAUUUUUUAUCGGUUCUGUGGGUAUCGGCUACAUAGCAGACAGGUUUGGUCGUAAGCUCUGCCUCUUGAUUACAAUCCUCAUAAAUGCUUCAUCUGGAGUUCUCAUGGCUAUUUCCCCAAACUAUACAUGGAUGCUAAUUUUUCGCUUGAUCCAAGGACUGGUCAGCAAGGCAGGCUGGUUAAUAGGGUACAUCCUGAUUACAGAAUUUGUUGGGCUGAGCUACCGGAGAACAGUGGGGAUUCUUUACCAAGUGGCCUUCACGGUUGGGCUCCUGGUGCUUGCUGGGGUGGCAUACGUACUUCCGCACUGGAGGUGGCUGCAGUUCACAGUGACUCUGCCCAACUUCUGCUUCUUGCUCUAUUACUGGUGCGUACCUGAGUCUCCUAGGUGGUUGAUCUCCCAGAACAAAGACGCUAAAGCCAUGAAAAUCAUUAAGCACAUCGCAAAGAAAAAUGGAAAAUCUCUGCCUACCUCUCUUCAGAGCCUCGGAUCUGAUGAGGAAGUUGGCGAGAAGUUGAAUCCUUCGUUUCUCGACUUGGUCAGAACCCCUCAGAUAAGGAAACACACUUUGAUCUUGAUGUACAACUGGUUCACGAGCUCUGUCCUCUACCAGGGCCUCAUCAUGUACAUGGGCCUCGCCGGGAGCAACAUCUACCUGGACUUCCUCUACUCUGCCCUGGUCGAAUUCCCGGCCGCCCUUAUCAUCCUUGUCACGAUUGACCGCGUGGGUCGCCGUCAUCCAUGGGCGGCAUCAAAUAUGGUGGCAGGAGCAGCCUGUUUGGCCUCGGUUUUUAUCCCUGAGGAUCUACGCUGGCUAAGAGUUACCGUCGUAUGCUUGGGUAGAAUGGGGAUUACAAUGGCCUAUGAAAUGGUCUGCCUGGUCAAUGCGGAACUGUACCCCACAUGCAUCAGGAACCUUGGGGUCCUCGUCUGCUCUUCCAUGUGUGACAUCGGGGGCAUCAUCACGCCGUUCCUGGUCUACCGGCUCACCAGCAUCUGGCAUGAGCUUCCCCUGGUGGUUUUCGCUGUCGUUGGCCUGGUUGCUGGAGGACUGGUGCUAUUGCUCCCAGAGACCAAAGGGAAGACUUUGCCUGAGACCAUCGAGGAAGCUGAAAACAUGCAGAGACCAAGAAAAAACAAAGAAAAGAUGAUUUACCUCCAAGUCAAGAAGCUAGACACUCCACUAAACUAAGAAGAGAGAGCUGCUCUGGUUUGCUUCGAUUAAACAAGGCCAGAAUCAGAGAUUUCUACUCUCAUCACGAAGCCCAUACAACUCAACCUUACUUCUCUCUUCUCUUUGCUAACCUCGAUCAAUAACCAAAUGGAGUUUGCUGUGCUACUGUAUAAAAUCUGCCUAUGGGAUGAGGUCCCGCACUCUUCCCUUGCUUGAACACUUUCAAUGACCUCAUCUUACGUAGGUACCCUAAGAGGGAAUGCCUGUACUCCACUGGACCAGAUAUUUCCAAGGUAGAUGCUAGAAUGUCCCAAGGGGAGAAGUAAAAAGUCUGUCUAGGAAAGAGAUAGCUUACACAUGAAAAGAAUGUCAAGCUUUUGUAACUUAUAUCAGGAGAAAUCUGGCUAAGAGUUUAGGAAUGAAUUGUAAUGAUACUAGGCCCAGGAGGAUGAAACAUAAUAAUGGAUCGGAUCAAAUUUAUUGACAUGAGUGCUCUAAACCAAGAUUCUAGAUUUAGUGUGCUGGCCAGAGCAUCUAGCAUUAGCCCCAGCCGUUAGCAGACCAACAUGAGAAAAGAUAUAAGAGAGUUAUUUCCAUAAUUUGAAAUAAGUUGGACUUCUUAGGCAAGAACAGAAUCCAAGAGCCAUAAAGUGAAUGAUUGAUUGAUCAAUGUGACCACACAAAACAAGUCUAAAUUCAAUGAGGCUAGCUAUAUCACACACACCCCAAAAAUAAAUUUAAUGGAUGAGUGAUGGGUUUGGGAACAUAUUUGCCACAUAUAUAAAAUAUUCAAAAGGCUAAUAUCCAAAAGAAAUAAAGAGCUACUAAAAAUCAAUAAAGAAAAGACAAUCCUUUAGACAGACCAUUAGAAAAAAAUAAUGGUCCAAGAAUACAAAGUUAUUCAUAGAAGUAGCAUUAAAAAAUGGUUAAGUUAGGGACUUCCCUGGUGGUGCACUGGUUAAGAAUCCACCUGUCAGUGCAGGAGACAAGGGUUUGACCCCUGGUCUGGGAAGAUCCCACAUGCCGCGGAGCAACUAAGCCCGUGCGCCACAACUACUGAGCCUGCCCUCUAGAGCCCGCAAGCCACAACUACUGAGGCCACGUGCCACAACUACUGAAGCUCAUGCACCUAGAGCCCGUGCUUCACAACAAAGAGCAGCCCUUGCUCGACACAACUAGAGAAAACCCAUGCGCAGAAAGGAAGACCCAACGCAACCAAAAAUAAAUAAAUGAAUGAACAAAAAUAAAAUAAAACUUCAAAAAAAUGGUUAAGUUAUAUCAAAAAAGAUGUGCACCCUCACUGUUAGUCAGGGAAAUACAAAUAACAGUGAAAUAUUUUUCACUCAUCAGAUUAAUUAAUAAAAUUAAUAGAACUUAAUAAAAUCGGAAAUAUCAAGUAUGGAUGAGGAUAUGAAGAAACUUUCAUGCAUUGCUGGCAGGAGUAUUGAUUGGCACCUUCUUUAGGGAAGCGAUUUGGCAGUGUCCAUCAAUAGUAGAAAUGCACACGUCUGUGACCCAACAAUUUCACCCCUAGGUAUCUAUCUUUGAGAAACACAAAUGUGUACACAGAUGCAUCUCAGAGGUAUUCAUUGCAUCAUUUGUUGAUGACAGCAAAAGCUGGAAAUAACCAAAGUCCUUAACUAUGAGGAAUGCUUAAAUAAAUAUGGUAUAUCGACUUAACGGUUAAAAAGGAAUGAAAACGAUGUAUAUCUACUCCAUAGAAAGACCUCCAUGAUGAAGGGCAAAGGUGAGUUUUGGAAUAAUAAUGUAGGAAUGAUCGGAUGUACACCUACUAAUGAUCUAGGGGGAGGAGGAA